UCUUCCUGCCUCGUGUGUUACGUAGGCACUCAGACACUCUCCCGUCACCCCCCACCAGUGCCCAGACUCACUAGUGCAGAGGCGUUCCCCGAGGUGGUUUGCUGCGCGUUCCUCGCUCGCUGAUUGUUUCUGAAGUUAGACAGCAGAGACAGGCAAGAUGUGGCUGGCGGUGGUGAUGGUGGUGGUGGCCAUCCUGUACCUGGCUUGCCGCAAACCCCGUGGCUUUCCCCCAGGUCCCCCACGGCUGCCACUGGUCGGGUUCCUGCCGUUUAUGGAGCAACAACUGCCGCACAAGCAGCUGUGGAACCUGUCCUCUACCUACGGGCCUGUGGUGGGGCUGUACCUGGGAACUCAGCCCUGCGUGAUAGUGAACGGGUGGGAGGCGGUGAAGGAGGCGCUGCUGAAUGAUGAUUUGAACGGCCGCCCUGAGAACGUCUUCUUCAAGAUCGUGUUUGGCGGACAGAGAGGCAUCAUGUUCGUGGAGGGUGACUUGUGGAAGGAACAGCGAAGGUUUGCUCUUCAUCAGUUUCGAAACUUGGGCUUCGCAAAGAGGUCCCACGAAACUGUAGUGCAUGAGGAGACCAGGGCGCUUCUGCAGGAGAUACGAAAGGCAGAGGGCAGCAUCACGCUCUGGGAGAUGCUAGGCGUGUCCAACCUGAUCAUCCUGUGGGCUGUGAUGGGCGGCACGAGGCUGGAAAGGAGCGAUGACAGGCUGUGGGAUCUGGUGGUGCGUCUCAACGCUGUCUUCCGUGCCGGGGAUAUCAGCGGUGGCAUCGUGCAGUCUUUCCCGUUCGUGCGUCACCUCCUGCCCAAAGAUCACAGCUUCAAUAUUGUCAAGGAUGGGCUCCACCUCGUCAAUGACUUCAUCCAGGAAGCGAUAGACGAGCACAGGAAAGAGCUGGACCCCAACGAUCCGAGGGACUUCAUUGAUCUCUACCUAAUUGAGAUGGACAAGCACAAGGACUCUCCCGACACAACGUUUAUAGAGCAGCAGCUGGCGGCGUCCUGCAAUGAUAUCUUCACAGCGGGGACAGAAACAGGAUCCGCCACUGUGUCCUUCGGCGUCCUACUCAUGGCUCUGCAUCCUGAGGUGAUGGCGAAGGUGCAGAAGGAGCUGGACGAGGUGGUGGGCCGUUCUCGCCUUCCCUCCAUGGAUGACAGAAGCAAGUUGCCUUACACGGACGCCACUCUGAGCGAGGUGUUCCGGUUCCGAGGCGCUGCUCCCAUCUCUGUUCCGCACAAGGCCAUGAAGGAUACGAUUCUACAGGGCUCCAGGGUUCCAGCUGAGACAAUAGUACUGGUCAACCUGUACAGUGUAAUGAUGGACCCUGAAUACUGGAACGACCCUGAAACCUUCCGCCCUGAACGUUUUCUCAACCCUGACGGCACAUUACGGAAAGAUGAGCGGCUGAUUCCGUUCGGCAAAGGUCGAAGGGCGUGCCUCGGAGAAUCCUUAGCAAGAAUGACAUCCUUUAUCGUAUUCACCUCCCUUGUACAUCACUUCGACUUCACACUGGAUCCUGCCGUGCCAGUCCCUAACACUGAAGGGAAGUCAGGAUUCACUCUUGGGCCCCCAGACUUCAGGGUCUUCGCCAAGGCUAGGAUAUAAGUGACGCGUCCGAAAAGUGAAGGAAAUUUUGUAGUUACGGAUCCUUUUUCUAAACGACUCGAUUUUCCUUUAGAUGAGAUUAAAUCCUCUUUGGUGA